AGACAUUCUCUUUAUAGGAAAAAUUUGCCAACCUCUGUUCUAUAUCAUACUACAUAAUCUUCAUAAUUUUUUUAAUUUUACCAAAACAUUCUCCCCUUUUUCCUUCCAUAUUCAGUAUAAAAUUCCUUUAAUAAUCUGUCUCCAGUCAAGCACAUUCUUAAUAGUCUUUAGGAAUGCACAACCUCUGGUAAUUUCCUUAAACAUUCCUGGUCCCCUAUGAACAGGAAGCCAGAAAGAAGGGCUUACAAAUUUAAAUGUUACAAAUUAACAUAUCAAAACCAGAACUCAAAUCUCAGCUGCCUCACAACCCCUCCAAGUCAAACCUAAGUCAAGACUGACUGCCCAAUUAAUGUCUUUCAAACUGCCUUACCUAUGAAUUCAGGUGUUUAUGUACUGCUGUUAUAAUCCCUAGUAGCCAAACUAGCAACGCAGAAAAAAAGUUAAUAAAUGUAUUUUUCUCGAGUUUAAUCUUCAAGUUGUUAGCUACCAGAGACAGACACAGAGACAGAAGCCAAGGGAGAGCAAGAAGAAGAAAAGGUCAGAAAAAAAUAGGCCUGUUGUAAUUAGCAUGUGUGAUGCUAAAAUCUUUACACCUUGGAAAUGUGAUGAUGUUUUCUGCAAUAACAGUUUCUGACAGGAGGUUAAAAACAACACGGUGUUUGAUGAAAGCAGAAUCACAAAACUUACACAGGAACAAAUAGAACCACUUUUUCCCUAAACACUAACAUUUGCUUAUCUCUUUCAAACAUUCUGCUUGCUGCUAUGGAAGGCAGAAGAGGCAAACUACCUUUGCUACCAGCAUUGUCACACCCCUCCCAGCAUUAACUCCUCCCCAACUCCACCUACCUCAACCAGCAGACUUCCCCUUGCCUCACUUCUUCCAAAAUCAGAUCUUCGAAGAUCCAGCCGCGGGAGAGCAAAGCAGAGAAACCAUGAUGCAAAAGUCUUGUGUCUCCCUCGCAAGUAUCGUCUGCUAUUAUGGAAGAACUUAGCCCUAAAAUUGGAAAGAAUGGGCCUUGGCGCUCACCCGGUUAAGUUUUACUGAGCGCCUGGGGCGGUUGGACACCGAGCGAGAAGCUAAGGAUAUAAAGACUGACCCGAAGAGAGGAAAAGUGUGGCCGAAAGCCCACAAUCUGGGCCUCGACGACUUCCAGCCUCACCAGGAUCAGCAUCGCUUGGCCAGAGUCCAGGCCCGCAACCUGGACAGAACAGCUCCGCCAACCUGGGCGGUACGGCGCCCAGCGAGCAAUGGGCUUCAGCUUUCCAUCACGCGCAUGCGCGGUCCUCUAUCUCCGGAGGAGUCCUCAGGUCAUCUGGACGCCGGCAUUUCAGCUACCUGCAGCUCCGGGUACCUUCUCACCCUUGACGACUCCUGCUGGCCCUCAACUCCGGCCCCGCUCCUUCCUCUUCCGCAGGCACUGCUAGGCCCUCGCGCGUUAGCCCGCAGAUACCCGGGCUUCCACUGACACGAGUCUCCGCGCAGCGCCGCUUCCGCUUCCGGCGAGUAUUGUGUGUCGCGCCGCGGGGCGGGGGCGAGGGGAGGAGGAAGGAGGGAGGCAGCUCUCCGGCGGCUCCGCGCCCCGUACUCCCGGACCCGAAGCCGGGAAGUUAAAUAAUGGCAGAGACAAGCCUGUUAGAGGCCGGGGCCUCUGCAGCCUCCACAGCUGCAGCUCUGGAGAACUUACAAGUUGAGGCAAGCUGCUCUGUGUGCCUGGAGUAUCUGAAGGAGCCUGUCAUCAUUGAAUGUGGGCAUAACUUCUGCAAAGCUUGCAUCACCCGCUGGUGGGAGGACCUAGAGAGGGACUUCCCUUGUCCUGUCUGUCGGAAGACAUCCCGUUACCGCAGUCUUCGGCCUAAUCGCCAACUAGGCAGUAUGGUGGAAAUUGCCAAGCAGCUCCAAGCUGUCAAGCGGAAGAUCCGGGAUGAGAGCCUCUGCCCCCAGCACCACGAGGCCCUCAGCCUCUUCUGCUAUGAGGACCAGGAGGCCGUAUGUUUGAUAUGUGCAAUUUCCCAUACCCACCGGGCCCACACUGUCGUGCCAUUGGACGAUGCUACACAGGAAUAUAAGGAAAAACUACAGAAGUGCCUAGAGCCCCUGGAGCAGAAGCUACAGGAGAUCACUCGAUGCAAGUCCUCUGAGGAGAAGAAGCCUGGAGAACUCAAGAGACUAGUGGAGAGUCGUCGACAGCAGAUCUUAAAGGAGUUUGAAGAGCUUCAUAGGCGGCUGGAUGAAGAACAGCAGGUAUUGCUUUCAAGACUAGAGGAGGAGGAACAGGACAUUCUACAAAGACUUCGAGAAAAUGCUGCUCACCUUGGGGACAUGCGCCGGGACCUGGCCCAUUUGGCUGCGGAGGUGGAGGGCAAGUGCUUACAGUCAGGCUUCGAGAUGCUUAAGGAUGUCAAAAGUACCCUGGAAAAAUGUGAGAAGGUGAAGACCAUGGAGGUGACUUCAGUAUCCAUAGAGCUGGAAAAGAACUUCAGCAAUUUCCCCCGACAAUACUUUGCCCUAAGGAAAAUCCUUAAACAGCUAAUUGCGGAUGUGACCCUGGACCCUGAGACUGCUCAUCCUAACCUAGUCCUGUCAGAAGAUCGUAAAAGCGUCAAGUUUGUGGAGACAAGACUCCGAGAUCUCCCUGACACGCCACAGCGUUUCACCUUCUACCCUUGCGUCCUGGCUACUGAAGGUUUCACCUCAGGUCGACACUACUGGGAGGUGGAGGUGGGGGACAAGACCCACUGGGCAGUGGGUGUGUGCCGGGACUCUGUGAGCCGAAAGGGCGAGCUGACUCCACUCCCUGAGACUGGCUACUGGCGUGUGCGGCUGUGGAAUGGGGACAAGUAUGCAGCCACCACCACACCUUUUACCCCUUUGCACAUCAAGGUAAAACCCAAGCGGGUAGGCAUAUUCCUAGACUACGAGGCUGGCACGCUAUCAUUUUACAACGUCACAGACCGCUCUCAUAUCUACACCUUUACUGAUACGUUUACUGAGAAACUUUGGCCCCUCUUCUACCCAGGCAUCCGGGCUGGUCGGAAGAAUGCUGCACCACUUACCAUAAGGCCCCCAACAGAUUGGGAGUGACAGGUUGAGAUGUGGGAUUAACUGGGGUGAGGCAGGGUCAAAAGCUAUGGGCCUUCCUUCUUGUGUCCUGCUGGAACGUCUUGGUGUCUGCCUGGUUCCAGUCCUGAGUCAUCUUGGAGAAACAUUCUGGCCUCCGGGAUGGUUUGUGUGGAGGAGUAGGUAGGACUGGGCUGCAUGAUGGAGCACGGGUAUGUCUCCCUCCUCACCGUGGGGAGCUGGUUGCCAGGAGAAUGUCUCCCUGACAUCCAUCAGGUUUUCUAUUGCACAAGGAAAGGUUGGGAAGGAAGGAGAGACUUCCAGAAACAAAAAGUCUAUGGGAGAGUCUAACUUGCUUAAGUAGGAGGAGAAAACAGAAACCCUUAGGGACUUCUUUGACCCAGAAUAGACUUGUUUUUUGAGGAAAAUCACAGGGGUUGGUGUACGUCUAGAUUGAAAAAAGAUGAAUGACCAUUGCUGUCAUGGGUCUAGAAGUUGAAUUUUUCUGAAGGCAGAGUUUGGACAUCAAAGUAGAUUACAAAGAAGAUCAGGUAAGAGGACUAAAGCAACAGAUUCCUAGAAACCAAUGAAGGAGAGGGAAGUUUCUUCGGUGUUCUAUUCCCAGGGUAAGGUUGCCAUUGUGAGUAGGAUUGGCCAGAGGUAGGAAUGUGGAGAAAAGGAAAGGAUGGGAAUAAAGGAGAACCUUUGUCCCUACCUUGGCCUUCUGCUGGCUGUUUGCCUGCCUCCUCACAGUCGGUGGUCUCCAAGAAGUUGCACUGCCUGUUCCUCUUCAGAGGCAAGGGGAAGAGAUUGUGUAAGACACAGCUACACUUACACUUUUCCCAAAAGAACUUGGAGAGCAGAGAGUCAGGUAUUAGAGAAAAGAGAAAAGUAUAUCUAUCCAAAGCCCUGGCCUUAAAGAAUGUUACUGAAUAACUAUUCCCAAGUCGUUAGCCUUGUCACCUGGCUCAGGUGUCCAAGCCAGAAAGGAAGAAAGAUAAGGGAGUCUUUCUCACCCUGAAGACAGGGUACAUUUAGGAAAGGGCUGGAUAGGCAGCUUCCUUUUUGCCUGUGCAUUGGCCUGGAACUAGUGUUCACAACAGCCUUUUGCUUGUUUGUUGCCAUCCUUCACCCUUUGCCAUUCCCCUUUUUGAAUGUAAAUCAUUUUAAUGUUAGGCCAAAAUAAACAACCUAUAGGGUAUAUAUGUUGUCAAAAAAAGGUAAAGAGAUGCAUGCCAAACCAAACUAAAACAUCUUGGAUAUCUGCUGCUUGGGUAAUCUUCACAGAAGACUGACACAAGAAGCUGCAUUUUACUGAGGGCAUUUCAGUUCCUCUUACCACCUCAACAGGACUCUGUCCACUUUCCUCCUCUUACCUUUGUGCCUUGACUGUGGUUCUUUGUGGCAAGAUACUUUGGUUGGUAAAAAUAAUAUGGAACAAAGGAUCCACUGAAGUGA